AUUCUCUGAGAAAAAAAAUCUCAAAGCACAGAUCACCUGCAGGCUAUUGCAUGCCAUAUUUGCUUUUCUGUAGGAAAGAAGAAAUGUGUUUUCUCUCUUUUCAGUCUGCACAUUAUGUGUUUUAAUUUCACAGCUGUCGUGUUUUGAAUUGAAUCAGAGCUGUUAGGAUUAAGAUGAAUGCAUUUUGAUAAUUCAUAAUCCGGAACUGAGACCGGGCAACAGGGCAGAACACAUCUGUCAUGUAGGCUUCACAUAUUUAACCACUUCCUCUUAUAGGGUGAAAAAUUGCUGCAGAAAACAUAGCUCUCAAACUAAGAGCCCACAUACUCUGAACAGACUCUACACGCACACAGUUUGUCCCAAAAUAUCCACUGCCUCCUCAAGACAUUCCUCACCCACGUUCUGCUGACUCAUUCAGAAAUUUAGAAGAAGUGUCUAUGUUCCUGUUUAAGUUGGGAAAAAAAAGAGUUUGUCUGGAUAUGUAACAAUACCAACAGGAGAAGCAGAUUUUAUCCAAUGAUGACAAAUCAUUUCAGCCUUUUGAUUGCCAUCUUGGUCAUAGCCAUUCAAACAUUAAACACUGAAGAAGAGCUGAAGGAGACUGGAUUUGGAUAUCCACCUCCCCGACAUGGACUUGCCUUAAUAAAGUGGUAUGUGAAAGCGUGCAUUGACAAUAACAUGGUGGCUCUCUGUGACCCUUUGACUGGACAGUUUGGGUUCCAUGAGUUCCAUAACAGCGGGUUCCUGCUCCCUCCACUGAAGGACAAAAGCAUGUAUAUGUACUUCACCAUAGGAAACCUCCACUACCACCACUCUGAGGAUCUUCCCUAUGAAGUAAGGAAAUAUUAUGAUCCACAUAACAAAAUGAGCAACAUGGACAGAGUCAUUGUGAAGCUCAACAGGAACAAGAACAAAAUCGAGGAGAUCUACAUAUCAGAGCACUAUACACCUCAAAGAACUUUUCAGUUAGGAGCCUCUCUCAUCAGUGACUUAAGACAGCAGCAGAACUCUCAAAACAUUUCACAUAAGAUCUUCCAUUAUUAAAAUAAAAUAAAAAUCCUGUAUUACCA